AUGUGGGAAUGUGAGUGGACAAAGUCAAAAGAAUAUAAGAAAGAAAUGAAACAAAUUGAAGCAAGCAGUAUUCGAAAAACGACCAAAGUGACCAAGGAGCAACGCUUGCGCCUGUGUCCUGUCCUGUCCUGUCAGGCUUGUGUCUAUGUUUUUCUGUUAGUGUUUUUUUUGCAGAAUUGCGACCCUGAUAUGAUGGAUUUAAAACAGCAAAUGGAAGAUUUUCGCCAGUUGCAAACACAUCGCAAACAGAUUAAGAAGCAUAAGAUUAUUGAAAAUAUAAAAAUGGCGCAUUCUGCAAGAGUUCAAGUCUCAGAAGGUGCAUCCCUAAUUCGGGUUCAAAUAUUUUUCGUUCCUGAAACCCAAACUAUAACUAUUAGAGAAAGAAAUGAUAAUCAGCUAAAUGGAUUACAUCUAUAUCGCGCGACCAUAUACAAGGAAGAAAUUGAAACGUAUCGGAGUGAACAUGAUGAAAUUGAAAUAAAUUUCUAUGAAGAGGUCGGCAAGUUGAGUCAAUGGUUAAUUUUUGACAACAGUGCACAACGGGCGCAGUUUGAAACGGCACUAAGAUUUUUUAUGGAGUAUAGCAAUCCUAUAGUGGUUGAGUAACAUCAAUAACAAAGUGUACCAGGAUUUGUCAACUUUGUAAUAUUUUUUUUUUAUUUCAUUAUAUUUAUUCCAUUUUUCAUUCA